GAAAGAUACCGAAACACAACCGGAGAAGGGAAGGAGCUUGGAGUGGCAGGGCUGUUACUUUUUAAUGGACUGCAGUAAUAGGCAGCUUGUUCAUGAAAGCAUUUUUGCAAAAUAAAAAAAAAUGUCCAGUAUUGCCUCCGGGUAUCUAUCCUGUUCUACUGAUGUGACUCAGAAGAAGACACUCCCACAAUUGUUGGGUACAAGACUGCAAAGACGGAGACAGAGAUGCCCUUCAGAACCUCAACUGAAAGAGACUGUGAUUCAGUUUCUGAGGCACCAUCAGAACCUUGGUGACCUACUGCUAGAGGUAAUAGAGUUGGUAAAUCCUAACUCAGCUCUUAUCUGCAGGAAUGUAAAUGGAUCAAUGAGUAAAUGUUUAUCUCGUUAUGGUAAAGUUAAUCCUGAGCAUCAAAUUGCCAAUUCUGCUGGUAAAGGCGCUUUUGUAGCCUCUGUUCUACAAGAGCAGGCUUUGCAGAUGGACCUGCCUGUUGGACUUUUGGCUGCCAGGGCAUCCAUGGAGAAAAUUCAACAGAUUAUGCAACAGGGGACUAUGCCUAAACGCGCUGUUGUAUUGGAUUCUGGUCAACGUCGAAUGCUUGCCUGUUUACUGCAGAGUAUGCAAGAACUGUUGUCCUCCAACAUGCUUAGCCGACUGCAAUUCAUUGAAGAGAUUUGGAAGGCAAAGGAAUUACCCACUUUGGAAAUUGUUUGGCGUUUGCACAAGGAAGGCAUUGUGAGCCUUGAAGAACUGUUGGCAAGUAACCCAGAUGUCUCUGCGGUGGUUUGCUGGCUCUUCAAUGAUCUGUGCCUCCUUUGUUUGGGAACUGAAGAUGAACACCAACAUGAAGAAGUACAGAGGCAGAUACUAUUAGAUAUUGUGACUGUCUUGGUAAGAAAUGGAUUUCAAAAACUGAAUCUUGUGGAAUCAAACCCUAAAGUGCAGCACUUAAUGCAGGUCUGUUUCACAGUGUUGGGCAAAAUGAUUCCAUGGUUACUGGACAAUGUUCGGAAUGAAGGGGAAAAGGAAGACUCGGCUGGACAGAAAACAACUGUAUUCUGGCUGGAUAUGUUUGAUGUGACAUUGUUCCAUGGUGCCAUUUCUCUGGAUUCACUAAAACAGUUCUUCUACCACACACUGACACAGGUUCUGACCUACAAUCCUGUGCUUGAAGCAUCUGAUGCAAUCCGCAGGCAGGGAGAAUGGUGCUUUGCUAAAACUAAGCCACUUUUAGUAACCUUGUACAGAAAGCUAUUUGUACUGUUUAGUGCAGAGGAGCUGAUCACACAUUUUCAACAAGUUUUGGAAUCCCAUGAGGUUAACUGGCAAUAUGUACUGUCCUCUGCUUCAACACUGUUGGUCUGCCAACCAGAGAGCCAAAACUAUCUGAAAGAGCUACUGACUAAGCUGCUGAUAAAUUCGUUUGAGAAUUAUGAAUUGGAGAGUAUAAUCACUGCGUUCCUGCUUGCACGUCAGGCUGCACUAGAGGGACCAGCUGUUUUCAUCAGCUAUGCUGAAUGGUUCAAGAAUUCCUUUGGGUCUGCGAGUGGUUACCAUGCUAGUAGCAAGAAGUCGCUAAUUUUCCUACUGAAAUUUUUGACAGACCUGGUGCCAUUUGAAACUGCACAGUAUUUAAAGGUCCACAUAUUAUAUCCCCCUUACGUGGCAUCAAAGUAUCGCAUUAUGCUCCUGGAAUAUAUCUCACUGGCUAAAACUCGACUUUCAGAUCUCCAGGUGUCAAUUGAAGAGUUGGGUCUGUAUGAGGACCUGUCAACAGCUAAUGCUCCUCCUAAGCCCCAGUGUCAAGCCAUGCAGGAUGUUGAGAGAGCUAUUCUGAUUUUUGAAAACAGUGGAAAGAUCCCAUCUAGCGUAAUGGAAGCAAGCAUUUUCCGAAGGCCGUAUUACUUGACAAGAUUUUUGCCUGCUCUGCUUACCCCUCGUCUGCUACCUCCUGCCCAGGACUCGCGAAUGGUCUUCAUUGAUUCCCUCAAAAAAGCAGAUAAAAUACCAGAGAAUCUGUACACGAACUACAUUCAUGCAUGUGAAAGAGAGAAACAGGGCGAGAAACAAGCAGACGUUUCCAUGUCUGAGGAAAUGCAGCAUCCAAUGGAACCACUUAGAGUCCUGACGACUGCUCUUGAAGAGCUGAGCAAAGUUGUUACUGAGCCAAGCGAUAGUGGUGUUGUUUCUGCUCAAAUAGCUGUAAUCUUUGGCCAACUGAAAACUAUGGUAGACACUGAUGAUGAUUGCACUGCAAUGGAUAAACCAAUCCAAUUAGAAACUGCUGUACAUGAAUUGGCUCCUGUUGAAUUAGAGGUCAGAGAUCUUCUAUUAAAGAGCUUUUGUCAGACAUUUAUUACAGCAACAAACUUCAGCCCACCCCAGAGAAAAGGAGAAUGGGCCUCCCUGUUUGUGAAAAUGUUGUGUGGCCACAGAAAACUUUUAAAUGCAGUUCUUACACGAGUCCUGCAUUUGAUCACUCGUCAGGGUUCUUCUCUUGCUGAUGUUCACAUUUUGGGAUUGGCUGCUUUCACAGUUCAUCUACACAUCUUGCAGCUCAUGCUAUUACCAGUGAAUUCCACUGGACGUUUAGCAGAGUCAGCCGGUCAAGAAGGACUUCCCUUUGCUGAGUACCUAAACCAGUUUUUGAUCUGUAGGACUGGAGAACUUUUAACAUUCUGUAUGAGGUUUUGUACAGCAGCAGUUGCUUAUGCCAUCAGCUUGUCACCAUCGUCAUCAAUUGACAUAAUAAAACUCUCUGUUCCUUCUGGAUUCGUCCAAAAGCUGCAGUAUAUAGUUCCACGAUUGAUUCCAGAAGCUCGGCAGGAACAAGAGACAGUAAUGGAACCCAUGUGGCAUAAUCUUGUUGACCUUCAUUUGAAUUGGAAAACUGCAGUUCUUUCAUUGUUUAAACACCGUACAUUCAAGGAGCUUAUGAAGAUGAAAGAACUCCAGUUGACGUUCCAUGAGUGGUUGAUGUCUGAACUGGCUGUCCAACCAGACAAAGAUCUACUAUCUGACCUGGACAGACAAGAUUAUCAGCACUGGGCCUGUUACCAACUUUAUUUGCCAUGUCCCCUUUCUGAGGGAGGAUGUGGAGGGGAUUUAGAGACUGCCUGUAGGAUUAUCAUCAAUGCAUUAAUGGAUUUUCAUAAAAGAGCUAAUGGGCAGUACUGCAAAGAGUCUGAGUGUUCAGAGCUUUCUUCACUCAGUAGAUCGUGCUAUGAGAGUAUUACUUGUCGACUGCAGGAGAUGGUGUUUGAUUUGGAGAAAGUAUGGACAAAGGCACUAAAUAAAAGUUCAUCACUUGGAAAUGGCCAUUUUCUUCUGGAUGUGUUUCAAGAAAGAGUGGCAAGUCUGGAAUUGUCAAAUCUAAGCAAAAAGUUAGAGCACCAGAUUGAAUUACAAGUAUUCAUCAGACUUCUAGUGGUACUUCCUCCCGGUUUGCUGUUCAAGACUCACAAGGACAGACUAACGACAACUUUGGAAUGUGAGGCAUUCUUUCACUUCACAAAUACAGAACUGCGGAAUGACUGCUCGAAAGAAUUUGUGAUUCCCUUUGGAGUCACCUUGCAUUUCUUCAGGGGUUUGCUUAAUACUUGUGUCGAGUAUGAAGAACCAGAUUGUGUUGUUGCUGACAUUCUGAACGUUGCUAGAACAUGUUGUCCUCUGCUCUUAUUAUCUGCAACGUUUUGGUGGCUGAGAUUGGAGCCGGUGCUGAUUACACAAUGGAAACGGCUUACUGAUGAUACAUUUCCCAGAGAAUUACAGAGGAUGGUAGACAACCAGUGCUGGGCCAACAGGUUACUUUCAGGGAAAACGGAAUGCUCACCACCUGAUAUUCCCUGGAUUGUUGGUGCCUUUUUAUAUUUCACCGUGAAAAGGAAAGCUGGACAGGCAAUACUUCAGACAAUAAUGAGAAAGAUCUGUUCUGAAAAUGAGCUGGUUUCAGUGCUAUGUUUCAGUUUGGUGGAUUUGAUCUCAUCCCUAUUGAAACCAAAGGAUUCUGCGACAUUAACUGUUGCAUUAAAAACAUGUGCUGAUGUGAUCUUGGUGUUGGAGGAGCAGAACAAAUCCUGGCUUAAUAUAUUUUCAGUGGCGAAUAAGGAUCGUGGGCCACACCAGAUCCUGUACAGCAUCCUCUCUGACAUGGAGAUUAAGCUUCUUCCUGUUGCUUUCUACAGCCUUAUUCCUGGUUUGGAUCCAAAGCUGCUUUCUUCCAUCAUCAAACGUUCAGAUUUCAUCUCAGUCGCUGUCAUUCUGUAUACUGCAAUGGUCAAGCUCUUCCUUGAUGGAGAAGAUACAAUCUUGGUCUCAAAUCAGUGGGAUUUACGAAGCUCCAAACAGCCUGAUCCUUUGGGAUUAAUAACACGAGGGCGUCAGUUCCUUCUUCGUACAAUUCCAGAUUGUCCUGCACAAACAUGUUCACAAAACCAACUGCAGGCUGCUUGGAAGGACAUUGACCCAGAGCUGAAAGCUGCAUUAGGUCAUCAUCUCAACAUCUGCAAUGGUGAUGUUCUAUAUUCUGAACCAACAAUGCUGUAAAGAAUAAAACGGACUCAAAUUUUGCAUGUUAGCAGUUUUGUAAGAUUGUUCUGCAAGAUGCUGAAAAUGCGUAAUCGCUGGCUAGCUACAUAUUUCAGCAUUCAUAUAAAAUCAAAAAGCCCUAGUCUAAAACUAAAUCUAGGAUAAUUUCUAUGUUGUAUAUUGAAUGACUAGAAACUAAUUCAAAUUUACCUAUGUAAACCUUUAAUAGAAAAAUGUCAAGCUAUAUGGUUUCUGAAUUUAAUAAGCUCACAACAGCAGUGGAAAAUGUUCUUAUGCUUUGUUAAAUAGUGAGUUUUUUUUGGUCUCAUUUUCAAAUAGGCAGAUAAUCUGUUCAAAGUACUUUGCCUAAUAACAUGAACCAAUCAUAAAAUGGUGUGUGGCUGCUUUAUUAGUCACUGCCUCUCUACAACUCAAUGGUGCAUGUUGACAUUCCAGUCCCAUUAUUCUUGUAAAACUAAAAGUCAGUCUUGCAACUGAAGUCAUCUAGUUUAUUGCAUAAAUUUGAGAAGCAGGUUACCAGUAGUAACUAGCAGUGUAAUUUAAUGAGCAGAUCUUUGAUUAUUCUCCAGCCUUGAGGUAGAGUAACUGAUGAGGACAACCUUACCUUGUACAACUCAUUUUUUGAUCAAUGAACUAAUUUAGUUCCUGGUGAAGAUUUAAAAUUGCAAUGUACUAUAAAUGGUAUAUAAAGAAACUUCAUGCAGCAAGGCAAAGUAAUCAACUUUUUAAUCAAAUAUAGAACUAUUUCUGAACUCAGCUGGUUAAUACUGUUCAUACAAUAACUUUGGUUAUAUCAUAUCUUAGAAAAGUUUGUUACUGUAACAAUAUCAAUCACUUGUAUAUAUUUUUGGUCUUUGGUUUUAGUCAAUUCAGUAAUUGACUGGCUUAAAAAAUACUGAUCUGUUGAAGCUAAGCACAAACCUUUAUUUGCAAACAGUUCAAGUAUUUCGUCAAAUUUAAAAAUUACUGCCCAUAUUGACUAUAAAAGGUGUAUACCCACCUAAAAUACCAGAGACUUGAUAGUUUUUGAGGUGUUCUGUAAAUUAUCUAAAAGUUUAAUGUAGGCACUCACAUUUGUUAUAGAAGAUUUCACCAUGUAUUUAUGAUAUUAUAAGUUUGUCCUCUGCCGAUUCUUUUUUUUUUCAAUAAAUUGUUUGAGAAUUUAUUUUUUUGAUAGACUAUAUUGGGAAUUAUCAUUUUUAUAC